UAAAGAGCUAAUAAAUAGCUAUUGUCCGUCCCCCUUCUGCUUCAAUGAAGUUUAAGGAGUUCCUCAUCAAACCAAAACACAAAAAAUGGCGCCAAAAAGAAAACAUUCCUCAAUCUUCUUCGGUAACUGCGAGAUUACCGUCGAUGCCAACACUUUCACCUGCAAUUCCACUUCCAACUACCUCUUAAUCUCUCUUCCUCGAAGUGGAAAGAUCAAAUUAUCUGCAGUGGCACAAGACGCUUCUGCGAACGAUAAAAAUAAUUCUGAGAAUUUCAGCUCUGAAGAAAGAAAACAUGAGUUCGUGCUGCUUAAUCCUAAAGAUGUUGAUGUUAUUUGCAAAUCCUACCUUCAGGAAGUAUUACAGAUGUAUAUGGCAGAGCUACCUGGAAUGAACUAUGCUGCAAAUACUGGAAAGCAAUCGAAGUUUCUUGAGAGAUGUGUAACUAACGGGAAAUAUCGAACACUACUUCUGAAAUCUAGUUCAGCUGGAGAUUCAGGAAAGGUUAUAGCUGCAAUUACUUAUCAAAUCAUCCCUGCAGAUACAGAAUAUGCUGAGAUCCCACUUGCAGCUGUCAAUGCAAUCUAUCAACAGAAGGGCUUUGGUCGUGUAUUGUUUCUAGAGCUACGAAAGAGACUUCAAAAUGUUGGCAUUCGCUCUAUUUUUUGUUGGGGAGACAAAGAAUCUGAAGGGUUUUGGCUUAAACAGGGUUUUUCAUCAAUAGCACAGGUGGAUACCAAAGGUAGAGCCCACAAGUUACCUGUAAAAGCUGAUAUUCGCAGAGCAUUAUGCUUUCCCGGUGGUUCAACUCUGAUGGUUUGCCAUCUAAGGAAUGAAUUGUUAGACGACAAUGCUAACUCUGGGAAGUCUCUCCCCUCACUACCUCAUCAGAAUUCCUCUACACCCGCAAUUGUUGAAAAUGAACAGCUUGAAUUUUCUGGGGAACUACUCAUUGAUUUGAAAUCUUCCCAUAGAACAGACACAAAUCAAAGUCAACCUAAGGCUUUGGUAAAAGGUGGAUCUUCAAGCGGAUAUGGAAAACUUAGUGGAUUUGACAGUCACAAAUCUAAGAACUGCUGCAACUGCAACGACCCUGCUCCUUCGGCCAGAGAAAAUGAUGAUAGACAGGCAAAUGGUGCAGAUUGUUCACAGGAUGUAAAUUAUGCUAAUGUAGUGAAUUGUUCUCAAUCUACACAAGUUGCGAAGAGGGCCUGGGAAGCCUCUUUAUCCUCAUUGAAGUCAAAGAGAGUGAGGGGAAGCCAGUUAGUUGAGUGCCAAUCAGAUUCUAGCUGGGGUCUUAUCCAAGAGGCUGAUGAUAGGGUCAAUCCUUGUUUUGUGGAAGCCCCUCACGGUGAUUGUUUGAUUACAAAAAAGUCUGAAAAAUGUAUUGGAGACCUUUUGCAUUUAGAAGCUCCUGCCAACUCAGAACUGCCAUCAACUAAACAAUGCUUUAGAAUCAUGUUGAUGAAUAUCACUGAUGAUGCUAAAAAAACACAGCUUGCAAAGGUGAUUGAAGACCUUGGUGGAACUAUUGCCUCCGAUGGAAGCACGACAACACAUGUUGUCACAGGAAAAGUGAGAAAAACUCUGAAUUUCUGUACCGCCCUCUGUUCAGGUGCUUGGGUGGUCUCAUCAAGUUGGUUAAAAGAAAGUUUUCGUCAAGGCAGAUUUGUUGAUGAAUUGCCUCACAUAUUGAAUGAUGAGGAUUAUUUGUUGAAGUACAAAUUGGAUUUAAGAAGUGCAGUUUUCCGAGCAAAAGCUUGUCCCCGUGCUUUGUUUAAGGGGUAUAAUAUAUGUAUUGCAGCUAAUGUUCAAACUCCUGCAGAAACUCUGUCUGCCAUUGUUAGGUCUGCUGGUGGUAAUGUUAUUAGUGGACUCGAAAAAGUAAAUGAAACAUCAACAACAAUCUUUGUGACAUGCGAAGAAGAUAUAGAAGAAGCAAUGAUGGCUUCAAAGAAAGGUAUAAGGACUUUCAGUAGUGAGUGGUUUAUGAAAUGUGUCAUGAGACAAGAGCUUGACUUGGAAGCCUCCCAAUUUGCAGAGUCCUUAUAAGGAUGUUAACAUGUCUUUUGAUGUUUGGUAUAUAAGAAUAUUUCUGUAUUUAAGGAUGUUUACUUUUCAUUUAUGUAAAUUACUAGUUUUUUAGUAGAAUAAAAUCUUGUUAGAAAACUUGUCCUUCACUUGGAGGAUGACUUACCGGACUAAAUCUCAAAUGAGGUUUCAAAAGGUCCUAUAAUAAGGCAUAUGUUGGAUAUUGCAAUGAUUUUUUGGUUGGAUUUAGAAAUUGCUUGCAAAAGUAUUCAUUUUUAUCCAAA